AUGUUAAAUAAAUUUUGGAACCCUGAUGUUGGUGGGAGUAAUGCUGCUGAGGCCAUUCUUGUUGAGGCCAUUCCUGUUGAUUUAUUCUGCGAUGAGUACAUGGAUUCGAAGGGCAAAAGUCAUAAGAGGGGCCCUACAAGUAGCCACACUGACAGUGGUCGUUCCAAAAAGUCACGGUCAAGUGGGUUCGAUGAUACGAUGUCAUCCGACAUAGAAAACAAUGCAAUGGAGAUCUCAUCAGAGGAGGAUGAGGUUAUUGAAGAUUUUAUGGAUUUCUUGAUGAUUGCUUUCAUGCAUGACCAUAUCAACCCGUCAAGUAGUCGUCGACCGCAGCGAACUUAUCCAUUCAAAAGGGAUGAUUACAUCUCCAGCUUAUUAAAUGGCCAUCCAGAAACAAUGAUGGACAUUAUGCGAAUGGAUGCACUAACAUUCAUUUCAUUGAAAGACACCUUACUCCAAAAUGACUUUAUCGAUACUGAACAUAUGCAUAUAAGUGUGGAGGAAUCGCUUGGGAUUUUUUUAUACACUUUUACACAAAAUGAUCGGCAUCGACUAUUGGUAGAUAGAUUUCAACACUCAUCGGAAACAAUUUGUCGGUACAUAAAAAUUGUUAUGCGGGCAUUGUGCAAGCUUGCAUCAACGGUUAUUAAACCACCUAACCAAGACGAGUUUCCGACAAAAAUUUUAAAUGACAUGAGGUUUUUCCCGUGGUUCAAGGAUUGUGUCGAUGCUAUUGAUGGCACAUUGAUGGAUGCAUGGGUCUCUGUUUCAAGACAAAAUACAUUCCACGGUCGCAAAUCUACGGUAUCGCAAAAUGUACUCGCAGCUUGCGACUUCGACAUGUUGUUCACAUUUAUUAAUUCUGGAUGGGAAGGUAGCGCACACGACAAAGCUAUUUUAGUUGACUCUAUUACAAGAGUUGAUCUACAGUUCCCACACCCACCCAAUGGGAAGUAUUAUUUAGUGGAUGCUGGUUUCACGAACAUGCCUGGAUUUCUUGCCCCAUUUCGUUCCCAACGCUAUCACUUGCAAGAGUUUCAUAGUCGUCAUUAUUCAGGACCCAAGGAAUUGUUUAAUCAUCGACAUUUGUCGUUACGCAAUGUCAUAGAAAGAACAUUUGGUGUUCUGAAGAAGCGAUUCCCAAUAUUGCGGUCUAUGCCAAAUUACAAGUCUACCAGACAAGGGCCUCUUGUGAUUGCAUGUUGUGUAGUGCACAAUUGGAUCCGUUUGCAUGCAGUAAUGGACCCAUUCUUCAUGGAAGCUGAUAAUGAAAUGGCGGCUGAAGGGGAAGCAGACGGGCUUGUUGAACACCAAUUUGACUAUGUUGACAUGUCACAACAUGGGUUGACGUACCAAUCUAACUUUAGGGAUGCACUUUCUACUGUUAUGUGGCAAAAUCGUGUUGGUCAUGGCUAG